UUGGAGCGUGGGCGCAAACCACGGGCAAGUAACGGGAGUGAAGUGGUGAAAGGCGGGAGAAUGUAGGAAAGACAGCGGUUUAACUAAAAUAUCGGGAGUGGAAUUGAAGGACAUUAUUAAUGUUGAACCGCGUUUAUUGCUGAGGGAAUCAGACGGCCGUUGCCCGGCUCACAUGAUCCGGCCAUGGAGACGGAGAUUACCGAAGGUGAUGUGCCGCCCUAUUACCGAGAAGUAUAUGAAGCAAUUUGCUGUAAGCAGGAGGACCGAGUGCAGGGAAGUGUCUUUCACAAGCUGUUGAAUAGAACCAAAUUGCCACCUGUUAUACAGAAUCAGAUUGCUGAACUUGUAGAAUCGUCAAAGGAGGAGCCUCUCUCAAAGUCUGCUCUGUACAAAGGUCUGGUGUUGAUUGCCCUGGCUCAGCAAGGGAAGCAGCCUUCGGCCAAACUGCUGGACAAUAUUGCACAAGAGUUUCCAAAGCCUCAAUUGGGUGACGUGAGUGAGCUGGAGUCGCUCCGGAUGCAGGCUAGGGGGAAUGCCAUUCUCCUGUCAUGGACUCUACAAGACCUGUUGCACAUCGACAUGGUGCAGGUGGAGCUAAUUCCGGAGAAGAAGGGUCUAUUCCUAAAACACGUGGAAUAUGAGGUUUCCAGUCAGCGAUUCAAGUCAUCUGUUUAUCGACGAUACAAUGAUUUUGUGGUGUUCCAUGAGGUGUUGCUCCAGCGAUUCCCAUAUAGGAUGGUGCCAGCACUGCCGCCAAAGAGAAUGCUAAGAGCUGACAGGGAGUUCAUUGAAUCUCGGCGGCGAGCUCUGAAACGUUUUGUUAACUUGGUGGCUCGUCACCCAUUUUUCUCCAAAGAUGAUAUUCUGCAAAUUUUCCUGUGCUUUAGUGGUCCUGAUGUUCAAAAUAAAAUUCGUGAAUCAUUGCGAGGAGUGGGUGAUGAGUUCCUGACAUGUGGAAUAGCACCGACAGCCAAGGUAGAACUUCUCCCUCCGGAUAUCCAGGCUCAAUUUGGUGCCAGCAGGGAGCUGAUCCGAAACAUUUACAGCAGUUUCCAUAAACUGAGGGACCGGGCGGAGAGAAUGGCAUUUAGAUCUGCUGAGAAUGCUACUGAUCUCCUACUGUUCGGCAAGGAGUUGAGUACUCUGGGCUCUGACACAACACCGGUUCCAUCGUGGGCAUCAACAGCAAGUGGCAUGUGGGGUACCUUGAAGCAAACCCUUAAAAGCUUAUCUGUGGAGUUUGCAUUACUUGCUGAUAAAGCUGCAAGGCAGGGUAAGCGAGAAGAGGAGGAAGUGGUGGAAAAACUCAAUAUCUUUCUGGAUUUAUUGCAGUCCUACAAGGACUUGUGUGAGCGUCAUGAGAAAGGUGUCCUUCACGAGCACCAGCGAGCGUUACAGAAAUACACAUCUAUGAAACGGCAGAUGAUGAGUGUAACUGUGCAGAGCAAGGAGCAGAUUUCUGUGGAGCAACUGGAAUCGAGAAUCAUGCAGCAAGAAAACACCAUCUUGACCAUGGAACUCCGGAACUACUUCUCCUUGUUUUGCCUGCACCAGGAGACUCAGCUCAUCCACAUCUACCUGCAAAUCACUUCCCAUGUGCUGACUGCUUUCAUCGAUUCCCAGAUCCAAGGGCACCACGAGAUGAGUGAAGUGUGGAAGGACUUGAAACCGAAGCUGAGAGGCCUCUUGCCCAAUGGAAUGCCAUCAUCUGCUUAGGCUGUAGGGAAUCUAUAGUCCAAUUUCCUCUGUUCCCAUAGUGACAUGUCGUUCUCGCAAUUCAAUAUAUAAUUUUUUCUCCUCCAGAAAACAUUCCUGAAUUGCACCUACCAAGGGUGCAAAGAAAUGUAUGGCUACAUGUGAGGGACUGCCAUGUGUGUGCAUGCUAGUGAGCUAUGCUGAUACUGGGCCGUCAGAAUAACCUGUUUUCCCCCUCUGAUAUGGAAAACAAAACUACACAUUCUGGAAUCUGAAACACAAACAGGAGUGCUGAUUCAAUGCAGUGUUUCAAAAGUGUUCUAACCUACUACAAUGAAACAAGGAUUUCCAUGAUCACUAUCGAUUUGGAUAUAUCGAGGGAAAAGCCAGUUGAGCAGCAUCUGUGAAAAGAAAAUCAAGUUUCGGGUUGAAGAUCCUUCAUCAAAACUGAAAAGGCGAGUUAGUCCAAGUAACAGAAAAGGUAGAGGAGGGCAAUGAGUGUAACAAAGGUGAUGAGAAAAAGAGGAGGGGGAGGGGAAUGGGAUGUACAAAUGGCCAGUCCUGAUGUAAAAGAACUUGGCUGUCCAUUCAAUGGCUGUCCAUCAUUUCAUCCUAUUAAUGACAUACCCUUUGUACCACCUGUUGCCCUCUGCUUCACUUCUAUAACUUAGAUUAACUUGCUUUUUUUGAAACAUUAACUGGCUUCUCUUUCCGCAGAUGCUGCACUCUUGUAGCAUUCCUGUUUUGGUCCCCCUUUGACCUGUUGUGCUUUAGAUUUAUGACCAAAAUUUGAUGUAAUUUUUGAGGAUGACUGUAUUGAAACAGGGAGCCAAUUCUCUUUGUUUGAUUUAAAUCACUUAGAUUGGUCCUUCUGAUGUGUCCACUGUGCCUGAAAGGGGCAGUGGUUGGGCAGAGGAUUAUUGGUAAAGGUAGACUCUGGGGGAUCUUCACCUGUCAAACUGGGAAUAGGGUACAAAUGACCCUACACUGCUAUAAUUUACUAUUGUGAUUUUCUGACUUGUAAAUGGCAGUUGGCUGUCUUAAUGUACGUAAAUCUAUAUCGAUGAGAGGCUUCAAAAUUUGUGAUUGCUGUCUUCUGAGAUUGUGUUAAAACAGAGCUUGAUGUGUUGUUUUGUAAAACACCUAGUGGUCCUUAAUUACACCAGUAAACAGUAGAAGGAUCUGAUCAGAAAUAGCGUUGGCUCUAGGUUUGCAUAAAGCAGCGUGGUUUAAAAAUGGGGUUAGGUAUCUUGCUGCUUUUAAAAGCUACCCAGUCUUGUGCAUUUCCAUGACCCAUGAACUGACAUCGAUUUAAAGGUUCAGUGAGAACUGGAUAUACUUGCGGUGGCUUUUGUGAGGAUGCACUGCAUAACCUUGUUCUAAUUGAAAUGCUUUAUUGCCUUGGGUAUUGAACCACACAUGCUUAUGAAGGUGCAUGUAAAACUAUUCUAAUGUUUGAAGGUCCUUGAGGAUUGGAUUAUAAAGUUGGACUCCUGAAAUACCAUUUAUCAUAUUCUUGUUCUAUCACUAGUUUAGAAUAGAGUCAAACUCAUAAUCUCCAAAUCAUUCUUUCCAAAUUACAGGGGAAAACUUAACUAAACACCAAAAUUAGCCCUAGAUUGGGACCAGAGUAUCCAUGUUUGAGUGACAGAGUGUGAGUGAGUGUACUUUCCAUUAUUUUCCUGCUGGUGCCUGCACUCUGUUGUUCCCAUGCCCUGCUCCCCCUUCAGCUUUGUGUGUGUGUACCUGUUGACUAUAGCUUGUAACAAAGCUUGUGUUUGUUGGUUUGAAACACCAGCAAUACAUAGAUUGAUGGCACCUUGACAUUAUGUUGUAUUGUAUGCCAGAGUGAAGACAUAAGCUGACCUGGUUUGAACUGCAAAGAAUGGGCUCUUUUGUUCUCCAAAGUGGUACUGUUGGAGUCCAUUCUCUUGUUCCACUACUUAGUUCCUGAAAUUUUCAACUGUCUCCGUUUGCAUUGGCUAGUAACUGUGGCCAUUUGCACACAGUAGGAAAUUGAGAGGGGUGGUGGCAGCAGAAAGACGAGGUGGCUUCUACAUGUCUUUCACAUUAACAGUUAGAUUAUUUACUUGUCUAUUGAUGCAGGCAGCCAGCAUAAGUUUUUCACCAAUGAUCUUAAGAGUUAUGUAGUUUAUAUUCCUACAAUCCAUAUGGGAUUUGCUGGCCAAAAUUGAUUUGUUUUUCCCAUGCUCUACCAAUGUAGCUCUGUCAAGCUGCCAUUUUGAAAUGGAAUUUUCUAUUUUUGCCGACGGGGUAAUGCCAUUUCUACUUUAUACAGUAUUGAAACCCUGUUUCCAACAUUUGUUGAAAAUUAAGUGCUUAGGGAUAUUUUUUUAAAGAGGAACAGGGGAGUUCUGGCAGUAUUUAUUGCUCAGACAUUUUCUUCUGUGUAAAACAAACAUCUGGUCAUAAUCAUAUUGCUAUUGUGGCAGAAUGCUGUAUCUACUCUAGCUGUUUCUUUUUUAUCAACAGUGACUACACUCCAAACAAAAAAGGGCACUUCAUUAGAUGUAAAUGGAUGUAAUAUGAUUUUUACAAAUGUGAGCCUAUUUUACAUGAGAGUGGAAAAAGCACAUGAAUGUUUUCCCAGUUGCUGGCUAGCAGCCUUGCAGAACACCAUUUCUAAGUUUUAUUGCGUAACUGUGAAUGAAUAUGUUACUGGUUGAAAGCUGGAGUGAGGGGAGAGGGUUAUUGACACACUAAACAUUAAGCCACAGGGUGUCCUCUGGGAAUUAGUAAAAGUUGAUUUGUUUUUUUUUGUACUUUGCUGUUUCUUGACUACAAAUGUGUCUGCAAUUCUGACCUUUCACCACUUAUAUUUUUAAUGUUUCUACCCUGUGGUGGCAGGAUGACUGUGAAACUGCGUGAAGAAGUAUUUUCAUCACUAAGUCAGUGGUUGCUCUUAGCAGACAGGAACCUGAUAAGUGGCAGGAAUGGGAAGUCUGAGAGGCAGAGCAUGUUUUUAAAUAACUGCUUGCAGAGCCCUCAAACCAGCAGAUGCUUCGCUACAUGCCAAUUGAAAUGUCAGUUUUAUUUCGAACAGAAUCCAUUUAAUCAGUAUGUCUGCCGACACCGCAGUGGAGAUGAGGCAGGGUUCUCAGCAAAUAUUUUAUUUUUACAAUCAAUUUAAGUUACUUGGCAAAUGGUUGAUUCGAUUGUUGAAAGAGUCUAAAAGUAAAAUAUUGCAGAUGUUGGAAAUCUGAAAAAUGUUGGAGAUACUGAGCAUCUGUGGAGAGGGGAAACAGAUCAGAAAAUGUUAGAAGCGCCCUGCUGGCCAGGCAGCAUCUGAGCAGUAAGCAAAAGCUAAUGAAAAGGAUCGAAGUUCUAAUGAAAGGUCAUCAAAAUGAAACAACAUUUACUGUUUUUCUCUCCACAGAUUGUCUGAUCUGCUGAGUAUUUCCAGAUUAUUGAGUUUCUAUUUAGAAUUUCUAUGAACUAUAGGAAACAGAACUCCUGACUGAAAAUACAACAGUAUAUCUGGAUAAAAGAAUUACUUCUCCAGCAAGUUGUAGUAAUUGUGGCUUAUUGCAUUACUUAAAUUCUGUACAUAGAAACAAUCCCAGCCAUAAUUUGGGGAGGGGGGGUGGGUGGUGGAUGGUGCACAGUUCUCUCCAUUCUGGUUGGUAAUACUGGUGUCAUUAAAUGAAGUCUUCAUUAAUCAAAGUAAGCUUCUCCAGUUGCCAUGUUUUCCUCUACUGGGGGGUUGUCCCUUUGGGGCUGAGGUUGAAAUUUGUUGCAGUUUUCCAAUGAGACUUCUAUUACACUUUCUAGACUGGAUUGAAUGUGAAAUGAGUUUGGGCAGCCUUAAUCCAGUUAAUAAUAGAAAGUACAUUUAAUUUAGCAUUAAGAAUUGAUCGACCUUGCUUCAGGUCCUAGAAAGGAAGGAUAUUGUAAGCUUACAGUAGUGCAGCUUGUAGUGGUCUCCUUUGGAGGCUGAAGCUGUAACUUGUGCUGUUUGGGUAGAGGGACCUCACUUGCAGCUGGCUGGAUACCUUACCUUGGAGCGCUUGACACCAGUUCCCAGGUAUAACUCCAGAAAUACUUGACAGGCAACUAAUGAGGUUUCUCCAAGAUUUUGGGUGGGAGGGGUUAAAAAUGGAUGUUUUAAGUAGUAUGAGGGGCUAAGUGGCAUCAAGAGAGAGGGUGCUUUAUAGAGUCCUUGGAUGAGAAUGUCAGAAUAAAAAAAUCUAUCAAUUGGGAUUCUUGUUUGUAGAAGGGAAAAGGCCCUAUGAUAUGCUUCCUGAGUAAUAUGCUUUACCACCUUUAAUGUGAUUUUCAUCAAUUAAACUGCGCUACUUGGGGUUGACUCUUUGGGUUAGGCACUGUAACUGGUUUAACUGCUGUGCUUUGGGGUCAGUUAUUCCUUUAAAAGCAAUGGAUAUCUUGUGUGUGGUUGUGGGGAGGAAGGAAAAAAGUUGAUGGCACAGGAAAUUUUAUGGAAGAUGUUUAUAGGGAAGAACAUUGAAGUAUAAAUGGUUCUGGAAAACCUGGAAAAUUAAGUGUUGAUAAUCAUUGUAAAAUUAGCCUUAUAAACGUGCUAUCUAUAUUCAAUUGGAGUGAUUUAAUAUUUGGCGCACUUUAUAACAUUUGUUAAAAUCUUUGCAGAUUAUUAAAGUAUUACAAAAUAUGAAGCAAACUGAUGGUUUACUAUAUAUGUAUUUACUGUGUAUAAGAACUAUAUCUACAAUAAAUUGUACAAAUAUACUUUUGGAAUAGUGUAUUUGUUCUAAGCAGUAGUAACAGAGCCAAGGGUAUAGAUUUAAACAAAAAACAAUUCUAAAGAAAAGUUUUGAUAGAACACAUGAGUAUGAGGAUGCAUCACUAAGUUUGUGGAACACAUGCUGGUAUCAGGAGGAAAACCUGAUUACAUUGCCCACAGACUAAGUGCUAAGUUUCCUAACUUGGUCCUGCCAAGGGGGAGGUUCUUGGAGAGAUUGGCAAUAAGCAGAAAGGAUAAAUGGGGCAAAUAGUAUCUCGGUGUUUUAGAGCAGUGGACAGUUGAGAGGAUCAUCAAGUUGAAAUGUUUUUUUAUCUGCUGCUGGCAAUUUUAAAGGAACAAUUAUUUCAAUUAGCAUAGGAAUUGGGGAGGAUAGUUGGCAGAGGGAGAGGAGAUGGUUGAGGAAUCCAGGAGGUAAAACUGCAUCAAACCUGGAGUGCUGAAUUCAAAGUGGGUGGCAGAAAGCUACAAACUCAUCAUCUUUGGAAUUGAAGAACUAUCUUGUGACACAAAGUUGAGGGAGGUUUAAGGAAGUAUUUAAUCCCAAGAUAAAGUGGUUGAGGUUGUUCUUUCCCUUAGGCAAAAGCAACAGGUUCAUCACUGAGAAUAAUGGAAAUGGCAGACAUUUUGGCUUCUGAUCUCCAACCACCUGGCAGUGAGUUUGUUAAAAUGUGUUCUGUUCUCUGACCAUAUGGGACAUUUCUUCCCCACAUCCUGAAGGUUGGCUUACAGCUCUCCAGCCACUGAAACCACAUGUCCAGGACUGGGAAUCACUGUUAGUUGGACAAUUACAUUGUUCAAACUCCAGGGUCAAUGAACAGCAAGAGUAAGCUUGAUUCAGACCUUUUCUUCCAGGUCUGUGGGACUGGAGGUCUGUGGUUGCUUGUGGAGGGAGACCUCUGGGGCUAAAUGUAGAGGAUCCACUAAAGGAUUUAAAAACGUUUCCAAAAAAACAAUAACUUCAAUUCGUAUAGUGCCUCUAAUAUAGUUACAUGUUCCAAUGUACUUUGAGAAGCCUUUCCAAACAAAGUUGGAUACUUGGCCAUCAGAUGUUAGUACAGAUGCCCAACAGCUUGGUUAAAGAUGAGUCUUUUAAAGGAGGAAAGGCUGAGGUUUAUGGAGAAAAUUCCAGAGUUUUAAGUCCAAACAGCUGGUGUACAAUUCCCAAAGGCAGCUUAAUUAAAAUCAGUGAUGCACAAACAGCAAGGACUGGAGUAUAGACACUUGAAAAGUGGAAAGAAAUUAGUUCCAAUCAGUACCCUACUUCAUCAAAUCAGCUUGUGGAAUCUGACUGUGAUGGAAGCAGCAUUUCUCUUAAUAACAUAAGUUUGCAGUCGGAAGUGGCUUUCAUAAUUUGAGGAAGAUGAAUCUAACGAAUCUUUUGAUUAAAAAAAACUAUGUAAUCAGAGGGGUGAUGUGAACUCUUUACAUGCAAAGUUAUGGUCCAGAAGUUACUGCUUAAAAUGCGGGCACCUGAAACGGUUGUGGAGGUUUAGUCACUGAGUAUAUUCAUGAUACCAAUAGGAUUUUAGAUAUUAAGGGAGUUGAAGGAUAUGGGGUUAGUGUUGGAAAGUGUCAAAUGUUUUUAAAAUAAAAUUGCUAUCAUUGAAUGGCAAAGCAAGUGUGAGGGACUGAAUGACCCACUCUUGCUGAUACUCUGUAUAUCAGCAAUUAUUGCCCAUCCCUUGAGGAUGCACCGCCUUCUUGAACUGCUGCACUCCCAAAGUGCAGUUUUAUAAAGAUUGCAAGAAUUUAUACCCAACAACAAGUGAUAUAUUUUCAAAUCUGUUUUGAGUGUCCAGGAGGCUAUCAGGCAUCACUUGAUUUCAUACCAAUCAUUUGAUAUGGAUUAUGAAUAGCAGGGGUCACAGCACCAAUACCUGUGACAGCCCACCAAUCACAACCAACAAAUCUGAAAAUAACUUGUUUAUUCCUCCUGGGUUUUUUUUGGCCAUUAAUUGACCCUCAAUCCAUGUUAAUAUAUUACUGUUACUACCAUGUGCUUGAUAAUUUUGUUUCAUAAUCUAUUGUGGCAUUUUAUCAAAGGAUUUCUGAAAGGCCAAAUGCAUCAACUAGUUCACCCUUGUCUAUUCUGCUAAUUAUUACCAAAAAAGUAGUCAAAUGUGAUUACCCCAUUCAUAAAUCAUUGUUGACUCUGCCUAAUCCUAUUAUUUUCCAAGUGCCCUGCUUCUACUUUCAGUAUUUCCCAAAUUUUGAUGACUGAAAGGAAGGGAAAUGCCCUGGUUAAGGACAAGUGGCAUGAAAUGGCAGGACAAACCUAUAUCUACUCCUUCCUCCCUGCGUGUUGCAGGUUUGUACCUUCAUGACAAGAUAGAGUGAACAACAUUAAUCUAAUCCCCUUUGCUCUAUGUUGUCUAUCCAAUUCACUCGAGAGAAAGUCCAAAGAUGAGCUAUUGUUUGCAACUAUUCAGGCAAGGUUACAGCAAACAGAGAAUUUGCUCCUCUUACCCAGCCAGAUUUAUUUCAUAUACUGAAGAUGGUCUGAUUUUUAGGGAGCUGGAUCAAACUCUGUUUUCAUUGCUUCAAGACAGAAUACAGCACAAACGUUUGCAGUUGGAAUUCAGCUGUCUUAUUUCCCUCCAUCCCAUGGUAAAUCAUUAUGAGAAAGAGAACCAUAGAAUUGGAAUUUAAUGCAAGAAAAGCCACUUAAGAACUACUGAUGCAUCACAAGAUUCUUUGAUUAUUUUAGGGAGCUCAGAGUCUCAUUCCAUGCUGACUUUUUCAUUCCAUAUUUUUUUUGCAGAGACUUGGCAGUUUCAGAGAUUGCUGCCGUCAGUUCUGGAAUUAGAUUGUUGACCAAAAAGCUUGCUCUUUGAUACCACCAAAUCAGCAGUUACGGAGCAGCAGACAAGUCAAAAUAGCUGACUUUUCAAAAAAAAAAAGUACAUUCCUACUCAGGAGUUUUCCUUAAAAUAAAAGUUCUAAA